AUGAACGUCUUCCACGGGUACGCCUACUCGGGCGUCUACGCACAGACGACGUGGCCUGGGUAUACGGACAUGUGGGGGCCGAGGAUGCCGGCUUGGAGGAGUCGACACAACGGGGAGAACGGCGCAGGGUUCAUGGCGGAUGCGAUGGCGUAUGUUGCAAGGAACCAGUUUAUCAGCCAAAUCGGUACCGCGAGGGUCGAUCUUGCGUUCUAUCAGUACGCGGCACCGUUCGCCAAGGUCGUCUAUGACAGUUAUAAACUUGAAAAGUUGGGUUUCAUGUACGACUACCUCGGACCUGCGAGCUUCUCUUCCUCAAACACCAUCGUCGGCGAGGGGGGUGUCCUCGCGCCGGAUGGACCAGCGUAUAAAGCCCUUAUCUUUGCCAAUCAGACAAAGUUGACGCCGGAGAUGGCGGCGCAAACAAAGGCAUUCGCGGAAGCAGGGCUGCCGAUCUUUGUGAUUGGAAGAACGGACUUCCAGAGUGUUGGUGUCGAUGGAGCCGCUUCUGUUUCAGAGAUGAUGGCACAGGCUCUUGCAAUGGAGAGUGUUGCUGUGCUUGCUUCCGCGGAGGAGUUACCUGCUGCUCUUGCUGCCCUCAAUAUCCGGCCUCGGUACACCAUCGAGGAGAAUAACAUCGUGGUGCCGGUCACGCUUGCUGCAAAUCAGACCGCCAUUCUUGUCUUCUCCAACCAGACCUCAACUUCAGCCCUCGUCUACACUGCCACCCAAGAUGUUAACACAACCACCGCGACGAACAGCACCCGCAUCACAGCACACCUCGCACCCGGCACCGCAACAGUCUCCCUCGUCACCGGCCAAACCCUAAUCUUCACUGCCUCUCAGCUCCCAGAAGUAACAGAGCUCGACGCGUGGAACAUCACAGUCAAUGACUGGCGCAGCGAGGACGACGUCUUCUCCAUGGAAACCGCGAUCACCCCGCACCGGUUCCUCGAUAGCCGGCUCGCUUCGUGGAAGGACAUGGACCCCGUGAAUUUAGGCAACACAAGCGGCACGGCAGACUACGUUACCACCUUCCGAACCCCUUUCUCAUCCGUUGAAAAACAGCGCUUGGGCGCCCAUCUUCAUCUAGGCACCAUCACUGACGCCACGUUACUAUGGGUGAAUGGCGACAGAGUAAUCUUUGACGUCAACAGCUAG